CUUUGUGGGAUUGUCAGUGAUCUUGAAAAGGAGUCACAUUACUUAGCACGAGAACGUUCUUGAAACAAAGAAGAAACAUUGGAUAAAUGGGAAAUUAUAAAUCUAGACCAACGCAAACUUGUACUGAUGAGUGGAAGAAAAAAAUUAGUGAAGCAUAUGCUAUAAUCAUUGAAAGAUUAGAAGAUGACCUGUUAAUCAAAGAAAAAGAGCUUACAGAGCUGAGGCAUGUUUUCAGCUCUGAUGAAGCUUUCAGCAAAGUGAAUUUAAAUUACCGCACGGAAAAUGGGCUAUCUCUUUUACAUCUGUGUUGUAUUUGCAAUGGACAUAAAACACAUAUUCGGACCCUUAUGCUAAAAGGGCUGCGUCCCUCUAGGCUGACAAGAAAUGGAUUUACAGCUCUGCAUUUAGCAGCUUACAAGGACAAUGCAGAACUUUUAACGGCUUUACUGCACAGUGGAGCUGAUGUUCAACAAGUUGGAUACGGAGCACUUACUGCUCUUCAUAUUGCUACAAUAGCUGGUCAUCAUGAGGCCGUUGAUAUACUUCUACAACAUGGUGCUUAUGUUAAUGUUCAAGAUGCAGUCUUUUUUACCCCUUUACACAUUGCAGCGUAUUAUGGUCAUGAACAGGUAACUCGACUCUUAUUGAAAUGUGGUGCUGAUGUAAACAUGAGUGGAGAAGUUGGAGAUAGACCUCUUCACUUAGCUUCUGCCAAAGGAUUUCUCAAUGUUGCAAAGCUUUUGAUGGAGGAGGGCACCAAAGCAGAUGUGAAUGCUCAAGACAAUGAAGACCAUGUUCCUCUCCACUUCUGCUCUCGAUUUGGACAUCAGGAUAUUGUCAGGUUCUUGCUCCAAAGUAAUUUUGAAGUCCAAUCCCAUGUGGUUAACAUUUAUGGCGAUACGCCACUACACUUGGCUUGCUACAAUGGAAAAUUUGAAGUUGUAAAGGAGUUAAUCCAACUUUCAGGAACAGAAAGUCUCACUAAGGAAAAUAUAUUUAGUGAAACUGCCUUUCAUAGUGCGUGUACCUAUGGCAAGAACAUAGAACUGGUGAAGUUUCUUCUUGAUCAGAAUGUAAUGAGUCUCAAUCACCAGGGUAGAGAUGGACAUACAGGGUUACAUUCUGCUUGCUAUCAUGGCCAUAUCCGCCUUGUCCAAUUUUUGCUGGACAAUGGAGCUGAUAUGAAUCUAGUAGCCUCUGACUCCAGCAGAUCCAGUGGUGAAAAAGAUGAACAAACCUGUUUGAUGUGGGCCUAUGAAAAAGGACAUGAUGCUAUUGUCACCCUUUUGAAACAUUACAAAAGACCCCAGGAUGAAUCCCCUUGUAAUGAAUACUCUCUACCUGGAGGAGAUGGGUCAUACGUGUCAGUUCCUUCUCCUCUAGGGAAGAUUAAAAGUAUGACUAAAGAAAAGGCAGAUGUUCUCCUACUUCGUGCUGGUUUGCCAUCCCAUUUUCACCUCCAGCUCUCAGAAAUAGAGUUCCAUGAAAUUAUUGGCUCAGGAUCUUUUGGAAAGGUGUACAAAGGAAGGUGCAGAAAUAAAAUAGUUGCAAUCAAACGUUACCGAGCCAAUACCUAUUGCUCUAAAUCAGAUGUCGAUAUGUUUUGCCGUGAAGUUUCCAUUCUGUGCCGACUCAAUCAUCCUUGUGUUAUUCAAUUUGUUGGUGCUUGCUUGGACGAUCCAAGUCAGUUUGCCAUAGUCACUCAAUAUAUAUCUGGAGGAUCUCUCUUUUCACUGUUGCAUGAGCAAAAAAGAAACCUCGACUUGCAGUCCAAAUUAAUCAUUGCAGUAGAUGUUGCUAAAGGUAUGGAGUAUCUUCACAAUCUUACCCAGCCAAUUAUACAUCGUGACUUAAACAGUCACAAUAUUCUCUUGUAUGAAGAUGGCCAUGCUGUUGUUGCUGAUUUUGGAGAAUCAAGAUUUUUGCAGUCUCUGGAUGAGGACAAUAUGACAAAGCAACCUGGGAAUCUGCGCUGGAUGGCCCCUGAAGUAUUCACACAGUGCACACGGUACACCAUAAAAGCUGAUGUUUUCAGCUAUGCCUUGUGUCUCUGGGAACUGUUAACAGGAGAAAUCCCAUUUGCUCACCUGAAGCCAGCCGCUGCAGCAGCUGAUAUGGCCUAUCAUCAGAUCAGACCUCCAAUCGGCUAUUCAAUUCCCAAGCCUAUCUCUUCUUUGUUAAUGAGGGGCUGGAAUGCAUGUCCUGAGGGAAGACCUGAGUUUUCUGAAGUAGUGUCCAAUUUAGAAGAAUGUCUGUGCAACAUAGAGCUGAUGUCACCAGCCUCCAGCAACAGCAGUGGUUCCUUGUCACCAUCCUCCUCGUCAGACUGCCUACUCACUCGGGGAUGCCCCGGACGCAGCCAUGUUGCUGCUUUGCGUAGCCGUUUUGAACUGGAAUACGCCCUGAAUUCAAGAGCUCAUGGGACUUGGUCCCAAAGCGCUGGUCAGCACUCUUCUCAAGGCCUUUCUUUGGAAGAGAUGAGAAGAAAUUUUCAAUGCCCACCUAUUGACCAAAAUGGUUAUGUGUCGGAUCCCAUGAGUACGCUGCGAUUUCCUUCCUGCAGCAACAGUGGCAGCUUUGAAGACAGUGGCUGACAGCAGGAACCAUCUACCUGCAGUGAGAAUCUCCACCAAUUGGCAGCAACAAUUCUUCCUCUGUCGCCACGGUUCCCAGGCAUCAUACAUUACAGCAGAGCCUUAUGCUGGCUUGUUUAUUUACUGUUAGCUAAUGCUUCCCCCAUAAAUUACUCCUUCACCAUUUUUUUUCUCCUAUUCCAGUAAUUUAAAGAAGGUGAGGAAACAUAAAUCAGAUAAGUUGCAGAAUUUAGGAGAGGGGUUGUUCACCCAGGAACAUACUGUAUUCGUGGUGCCAGUAAAAGUAAUUAGUAGGCCUGAUAUAUAUUUUCUCUAGUAAGCAUGAAGAAAGAGAGGGGGAGGGAGGAAAUAAUUGUUACACUGUGGGAAAUCGCAAUCUUAGGACUCCCCACAGUGGAAAAAUUACACUUUCUUUCUUUCAUGGUAGUAGAGAAAUUUAUUGCUCCACGUUUCCUGUAGGAUUGCUCAUUUUCCUUUUCACCUACACAUCCUUCGAUCUCAUCCAUCACCUGAGUGGCUCCGCAGUAUCUCUUCCAAACCUCUAGAUCUGUGUUUCUCAACCUUGACAAAUUUAAAAGUGUGGACUUCAACUCCCAGAAUUCUGGGAACUGAAGUCCAGAAGUCUUAAAGUUGUUGGGAGUGAGAAAUACUGCUGUCGGCCAUCACCUGCCCUUCUAAUUUAAUGAUCUUUAUAUCUUCCCUGGGUCUCGUUUGCUUAAUCUAUGUUGAAGGACCCAAUAAUCAGCCAGAAUUUUUUUUAAAAAAAAAGCUAAUUUGUUACAAACACUUUGAAUUAAAACUGCAAUGCAAUGCAUCUUAA